AUGGUUUCUUCCAACAUUUGUUUUUACGUCCGUUGGGGACAGUCGCAGUUAUUGGGAGCAUAUGUACUAUUGAAAGACAUAGGAGGGUUUAGACCCCCAAUAUGCACAAACCGUGGUUGGAACUGCUGGGUGGGACUAAAAAAUUUUUCCAAACAGAUGACCUGGGUAAAAAUCACUUUUAGAAUUAUUUCUAAUGAUACCACUCGAAAUCCACGUUGUAUAUAUCAUCAGAUAGAAACAUCCAAACAAAUGCAAUCAGCUAUGUAUUGGAUUUUAUCUUUACUGUAUCUAUCGACGUUCAUCAGUCACGCAAGAACGAUUAGUUGUAUAGUUUGUAACAAUCUGAAUAAUUCAGCUUGCGCUGACCCGUUCAAUGCAGGCGGAGUUUUUGGAACUGCUUUGAACCAAACAUAUUGUCGAAAAAGUGUUGGUGUAACUGGCGUAAUUGUACGGUCUGGUACCGAUGAAAUGUGUGCGACGUCAACUGAUAUUGGUGUUACAUCAGUUUAUUGCUGCUCGAACAUGGAUUUUUGCAACGAAGGAUCUCAUCUUUAUUCCUCAUCGGCUCUUGUUCUUCUAGCUGUGCUUGCAGCAAAGCUUUUCUGA